GGGAGGGAAGGCAGGGCACGCCCCUUGCCCCAGAUGUCCCGCCCACUUCCCCCUCCUUCAGGGGCAAGUGAUGGCAGCUCUGGUUUUCACUUCUCGGAUCCAUCCAAUAUCUUCUCAUUCUCUUCUCCCUACAGGGAAGGGCAACACUGCUCAUGAUCCUGAAUCUGGGAGUCUGGAUUGGCCGUCUGUCUCUUUCCGGAGGGCUCCGGCCGAAAAUAUCCGCGAUGAUCGAGUCCUCCCAGGCCCCGAAGGAAGAUGGCGUCCACCAUUGGGAGAAGACCUGCCUGCCUCUCUAGCCGUAGCUAUUCCCGUCUCUAUGGCCUCCAACGAGUUCUAUUUCCACCUAGGGGAUUCUUCCCAGGAUGCAUUGCUGUGGUCCCGGUUCUCGCUAAGAUGGCGACUCCCAUGCACCGACUUAUCGCCCGGAGGCAGGCGGAAGCAAAUAAGCAACAUGUGAGAUGUCAGAAAUGUUUAGAAUUUGGACAUUGGACAUAUGAAUGCACAGGAAAAAGAAAAUACUUGCAUAGACCUUCAAGAACAGCAGAACUUAAGAAAGCUUUAAAAGAAAAAGAAAACAGAUUAUUAUUACAACAAAGCAUUGGAGAAACUAAUAUAGAAAAAAAGUCCAAGAAAAAAAGGUCUAAGAGUGUUACCAGUUCCAGCAGCAGUAGCAGUGGAAGUUCAGCCAGUGACUCUUCAUCAGAGAGUGAAGACUCCUCCACCUCUUCUUCCUCUGAUGAUAGUGAUACUGAGGAAACCUCUUCUACUUCAUCCUCAUCACCCUCCUCAACUAGUUCUUCCUCUUCCUCUGAUUCUGAGUCAGAUUCCAGCUCUUCCUCCAGCACCAGCUCUAGCACAGAUAGCAGCUCUGAUGAUGAGCCACCAAAGAAGAAGAAAAAGAAAUAGAAUUGCUUUAAGCAUCUCUGAUCAUUUAGAACUGAUGAAUUGACAAAUGCUGAUGUAUUUCUCAAAAGGGAAGUUGGAAUAUGUUGUGGCCAAAUGGAAUAACUGGUCAAAAUUUCAAGAAUUCAACGCUUUCUAAAUGUUUCACAUUUUAAGGGCAUAAAGAUUAUUAAUAACAAAGUAUGGAUGUAGUUUUUUUAUUUUAAGGGGAAUUUUGUGUUAUUUUUUGUCUUUAAAACAUAUCUUUAAAUUUAAUCAAAGCUGAAAUCCAGUAAAUCUGGUAUUUAUGUAAUGAAAUAUGUACACUUUUUCUCUUUGUGAUAUAAAUGCCAUACCUUGUUUAUAUGUUGGUAUUAUAUAAGCUAACACUUGUUUCACUUGUUUUCAGGAUGAUCCUGUAAAAUAAAUGGGAACAAUUAAUUUCUAAUGGUUUUGCCUAAAUAUUACUAUCUAUAUUAAUCAGAUUGAAUACAGUGUUACUACUAUGAGGGUGUCAUCUCAUUGUUAACAAUGUGUUAUAUUUCUAAGUUUAUCCUCAGAGGGUUUGUUGUUUCUGGGAUUUUUUUUUUAACUUAAUGUCAGAAAGGAACUGUAAUGAGAUCUGUGUUAAUCUAGUGGAUAUUUUUAUUUGUGGGCAACAAUUUUCAGCUUGCUAGGGUAUUUUUUAUUUUCUUCUGAUUCCUUAAAUGCUCAGAGCCAUACUGUUUUGGAGAUAGACUGUCUGAUAGGUAAACAAUCAUCUUGAGUAAGCUAAAGGGAGAAGAAAAGAAAACUGAAAUUAGUUUAAUCUUGGUGCCUUUUGAUAAAAAUAUAUGAUAAUAGAAGAGUGGCUGCAUGAAAGGUUGAAUUAAAUAUUUUGUUUGAGCACUUAAAUGAAUAUAUACAUACACACAUACUUGAAUGUAUAUGUAUGUGGAUGUAUGUAAGUAUUUCUUAUAUACGUGUGGGUGGGUGUGUCUGUGUGUAUGAAAUCUGAAAAAAGAUCCUAACAAAGUUACCAUUCCAGAAGAUUGGCAGGUAAAGGAAGGGGACAUGAAAUAGAGGUUUUUUUUUUUAACAGAAAUUUAAGACAAAAUAAGUUGCCUUUUAGUUUCAAAAUACCCAAAAGGAAGAUUCUUCCCCUUUACUAUUUUUGCAAUUAUUGUGUUGCACAAUUCACAUGGUACUUACAUUGAUAUAAGAGUUUAUGUUGGAUAAAUUCAGUAUGUUUACAUAGACAGAAUGUAUACAGUAGUUGAAAUCCAGCAUGAAAGAUGCAGGUUAAAAAUGAAAUAUAGAAUUAUACUUCUUAGUAGAUAACAAUUUGUUGUGAGAAGUUUAUUCAGUUGACAGUCAUUUUAUCCUGUGAUGUAAUCCCUUUUUUGGGGUAGGGUGCAACAUUUGUGGGAAAAGAGUGUCAAAUAUCCUGAUUUUUGUUUCAAUAUAGUGUAAACUAUGGAUAUUAAACUAUUUUUAUAUUUUUAUGAGAAAGUAGUGUAGAGUUACUUUUAAAUAAAAUGUGCUUCUAUUUAAAUGUUAAAAAAUAAAUAUCUUGUCAGUCUUAAGGAGUCUAAUUGUUUGUUUUACAGAAUCACUUGAAAAGAUUGUAAAUAAAUUACUAGAACAUUAUUUGAAAGACUCGUGUUAAAGAAUGUUCCAGUUAACUGGGAAACAAUAAAUUCUCAAACAAGCACAA